AUGACGCAAUUUUUAGUGAUGAACUUGGACUUUGCAAAAAGAAAAAGGUGUCGUUCACAGUCAAAACUGGUAUCAAAACCCAUAUUCCGCCUGAAACGACCAGUUCCUUAUGCAUCUGCAAGCAAGAUUGAAGUAGAAUUGGAUCGUCUUCAAAAAAUCGGAAUUAUCAUACCUGUAUCGUAUUCAGAGUGGGCUGCUCCGAUAGUAGCUGUGACAAAACCAAAUGGACGUGUCAGAAUAUGUGCCGACUACUCAACAGGAUUAAAUUCUGCAUUGGAGCCACAUCAGCAUCCGUUACCUCUACCUCAAGACAUCUUUGCCAAGCUGGCCAACAAGAAGGUGUUCAGUCAAAUAGACCUAUCAGACGCCUAUUUACAGGUCGAGAUUGAUCAAGAUUCACGAAAGCUGCUCACAAUCAAUACUCACAAGGGACUUUUUGAAUUUACACGACUUUCUCCUGGUGUCAAGACAGCUCCAGGUGCUUUUCAAGAAAUUGUAGACAACAUGAUCGCUGGUUUGGACGGAGUAAGUGGCUAUUUAGAUGACAUCAUCGUGGCAAGUGAUUCAGUGGAAGAACACAUGAUUCAUUUAGAGCGUCUGUUUGCACGUAUUCGCGAAUAUGGUUUUACUCUCAAGAUUGAGAAAAGCAAUUUCUUCAUGAGUGAAAUUAAGUAUCUGGGGUUAAUCGUUGAUUCUCAAGGUAUACGUCCAGAUCCAGAGAAGGUUCGAGCUAUUAGUGAGAUGCCGGCACCGCAUGAUGUCACUACCUUACGAUCAUUUUUGGGUGCGGUGAAUUAUUAUAGCAAAUUUGUGCGUGGUAUGCAUAAAUUACGUGAACCGAUGGAUGCAUUACUGAAGAAAGACGUCAGGUGGUACUGGUCUCCGGCUUGUCAACAAUCUUUCAACCAAUUCAAACGGAUUUUGCAGUCAAAUCUGUUACUCACACACUAUGACCCAAGGCUCGAGAUUAUUGUUGCCGCUGAUGCUUCCAUGAGUGGAGUUGGAGCGGUUCUGCUACAUCGUUUUCCAGACGGCACAAUUAAGGCGGUUUGUCACGUUUCCAGAACCAUGACUCAAGCAGAGAAAGGAUACAGUCAAGACAGAUCAUAA